AUGCCAUUCCUUAAGGAACCGUGGAAGAAAUACCAGGCUUUCAAGCCGCUGCGUCUCCCGAAUCGAAAGUGGCCUGACAGGGUCAUCGAGAAGCCCCCUCGCUGGCUGUCGUCAUGCCUUCGCGAUGGAAACCAGAGCCUGCAACAACCAAUGAACGGUGAUGAGAAAUGGCGUUUCUUCAAGAUGCUGUGCGAACUCGGAUACAAAGAGAUUGAGGUCUCGUUCCCCUCCGCCUCCGAAACCGACUUUGACUUUACCCGUCGUCUGGUCGAGACGCCAGGCGCUGUACCCGACGACGUCUUUCUCCAAGUACUCUCCCCGUGCCGCCCCGACCUCAUCCGCAGAACAGUUGAAUCCGUGCGCGGCGCGAAGAACGCUACGAUCCACAUCUACCUCGCGACGAGUGCGUGUUUCCGACAAGUUGUGUUUGGAUACACCGAGGAGCAGACGCUGAACCUGGCGGUGGAAUGCACAAAGCUCGUCCGGUCCCUGACCAAGGAUAACCCCGACGCCGCCGACACCAAAUGGCAGUUUGAGUUCUCGCCCGAGUGCUUCUCCGACACCGAUCCCGAUUAUGCCGUCAAGGUGUGCCGCGCCGUCAAAGAGGCAUGGGGACCCAGUGCGGCAAAGGAGGAUCAGAUCAUCUUCAACUUGCCCGCGACGGUGGAGCUUGCGACGCCCAACAUCUAUGCCGAUAUGAUUGAAUAUUUCUGCGACAACAUUGGAGAUAGGGAGGACGUCUGCGUCUCUCUGCACCCCCACAACGAUCGUGGCACAAGUGUCGCGGCCGCAGAGCUGGGUCAGAUGGCCGGAGCGGACCGAGUAGAAGGCUGCUUGUUUGGCAACGGUGAGAGAACCGGCAAUGUCGACCUGGUCACUCUGGCCCUGAACCUGUACACCCAGGGCGUGAGCCCAGGGAUCGACUUUUCGGACCUCAACUCGGUAAUUGAAAUGGUCGAAGCAUGCACAAGGAUCCCCGUGCACGAGCGUGCUCCCUACGGUGGGAGCCUGGUUUGUGCCGCAUUCUCGGGCAGUCAUCAAGAUGCGAUCAAGAAGGGUUUCCAGAACCGACAGCGCCAGGGCCUGUCCGCCGAAGAUCCAUGGCAAGGGAUGCCUUACCUGCCCCUGGAUCCCCAGGACAUUGGCCGCACCUACGAGGCAAUCAUCCGCGUCAACUCCCAGUCCGGCAAGGGCGGUACAGCUUUUAUUGUGCACUCCAAGUUGCAGCUCGACCUCCCCCGCGGCCUACAAGUCGCAUUCUCGAGGAUUGUGCAGCAGCGCGCUGAGGAGCUGGGACGCGAGCUCAAGCCCGAAGAGAUUACCAAUCUAUUCAAAAAGUCGUACUUCCUCGACGAAACCCCUCGAUUCAACCUCAUCGACUACGCCAUCACGCCCGACAGGGCGCCAUCGCCGGCCCCUGCCGCCCUUGGCCAGACGCAGGACACAAAGAGUCUCAUGCGUAUCUUUGAGGGUGUGCUGAUGGCGGAUGGACAAGAGUACAAGCUGCGUGGUCGGGGCAACGGGCCGAUCUCUAGCAUGGUCGCGGCCCUGAAGCCAGUUGGCCUAGAUUUUGACGUCCAGGACUACAAGGAGCACGCCAUCGGUGAGGGUCGGGGUGUCAAGGCCGCCUCUUACAUUGAGUGCAAGCCUUCGGGCAGCAAGCAGACGGUCUGGGGCGUCGGCAUCCACGAAGAUGUGGUCCAGAGCUCUCUGAUGGCUCUUCUUAGCGCCGCAAGCAAUUUUAUCACCAGCCGUCCCAACAGCCCCCUCCUGAAGCCUGCAGACGCAGGUGCCGUGACCCAGGAUGCACCAAGUAUCGUGUCCGUCCUGGAGGACAAGGCAAACGGCAUCUGA